CCUCCCUAUUGACGCACUGCUAGGUCAGGAGAAAGUGAAAGAUGACAUGCCUGACUGGUUGGCUGUACACAAGGAGCGUCUCCAGGAUGCUCAUGCAAGAGCAAGGGAGUGUGCUGAGCGGAAGGCUGCAGAAAGAGUAGCCCAGCAACAGGAGAGGGUUUACUGUCCACCUGUGGACGUGGGUCAAUUGGUGUACCUCCGCCAUCGACCACCAGGAAGGAAUAAGAUCCAAGACGCCUGGGCGGCUACUGUAUACCAAGUUGUAGAAGUGCAGGGGACUACGUAUGCAGUGGUGCCACUGGAGGGAGGGCCGGUAAAGAGGGUGCAUCGGUCGAACCUGCGGCCAUGUGUGGGAUCAGUACCAGUGCUGAGGCGACGUCACCAUACAGCCUUUCCCACAGAUGAGCCUGCCUUGAAUCUGGAAUCAGAGAAUGAGUUCACUGAUCCAGAGUUUGUGUUGGUGGAAGAAGUCAGGUGUCCAACGACUGAACCUGAGAUAAGUAUGGAACCUGAGGGUUUGGAUCUGAUGACUGACAAGUCAGGGGCCCAUCUGGGUGCUGCAGCUAAGGAUGUGGAAGAAAGUGAGGAAAUACUCGGACAGGAUGUAAGUGACGAUGAUGACCUGGAGGAAGAGCCAGUACUGGGUCCACAUCCAACAUCAGAGAGUGUUGACCUGCCAGCUGUUGAACUGGAGCUGAGGCCUGUGCCUGCUCCAAGGAGGAGCAAGGAGGGAAAUACCGGGACAGACAUACCUAUUCCCCCUCCACGCAGAAGUCAGAGAGCCACAGCAGGGAUAAACAAAAACCCAUUUCACUUACCCAUGUCAGCGUGUAAUGCUGUAUCUCUUAGCCCAGAUGUUUUCUCCCAAGUGUUAACAAGUGUGGUUCUCUACAGUUCAAAACUUAAGGGAGUGAUAGAUAUGUAAGAAGUCACCGAGGACGUUGACUUGCAGCAGGGGAGAAUGUAGCCAGGUGAACAUGGGUUACACAGGGGUUUUCUCCUUAACAAGUGCUUUGUAAUUUGCUUGUGGGAUUAGUACUGUAGUAGCGUUCUUUUUCCCUCAAGGGGGCAUUGUUACGCUAUGGGCAGCGGAAAAGGGAAAUCGCGUGUGAGAGCAUAGUUUUGCCGAGACACCAGAAACAAGGAAGUGGCAGUACCAGGAGGUGACUGACUGCCGUGAUCUGUAAAUGAGUUUGUGUGCGUAUCUCCGCCACGCUGAGGGCAACACUGAACAGCGGGGUUAGCAGGGGAGAUAUAUGCGUGUUGAAUUCCAGGUGUGUGUCUUGGAACACAGGCUGCACACUGGAGUGAAAGUGAGUUAAUUGUACUACUAAAUUGUUUCUGAAUUGUAAGAAUGUGUAAAUGAAGAGAAUAUUUUGUAUUGAAUGUAUUUUUAUAUUUCUCAUGGAAUUGAAGUAUUUUAUGUUGAAGUGACUAUGAGUUACGUGGCUUAACAAAUGUUUUUAUUUUCUUUAUUUAGAGAGGUGCCACUACUGUUGUCUAGAGUUAGCUAAUGUCUGAAGUUCAGUUUAAUGAAGUAAAUGAAGCUGUAUGAGUUUGAGCCUGGUAACUGUAGCUGGGGGUAGUCUACAUACACCAUUGUUCAUCAACUGCUAAGGAGAACUGUUAAAGCAGAUGCUUGUUGCCAGACAAGGAAUAGGGAAAAGUUAUCAUUCCGUUUUGUUAUAUCUGUCCUAAAUCCUCAAGAAACAAUAUUAAUGCUGUUCUUUAUUAAGCUCAGUCGGGGAAUAAAAGAACCCACAAAAAUAA